AUGUCAGGCAAACCCCCCCGUCGGCCUCGCGUGGCCUGGGUGGACAGCUGGGCCACCCCCAUUGACGAGUCCUCCUACAUCACGCCCGAGGAUGAGGAGGAGGAAGAGGUGGCGGUGCCGCGCGGCCCCUUCGACGACCUGGAGGUGUACGUGCUGGAGGAGGAGGCCGUGCACACCAUCGACGAGUUUGUCAAGACCUGGAUGGAGAUCCCGCAGGGCGAGGAGCAGAAGAUGAAGUUCCUGGAGAGCAUCUGCAGCGUCUGCACCACCGCCCGCGAGUCGGGGCUGUCCGGCGGCUUCGCCGACUUCUGCAACCGCUGCAACUUGUGCAGACAUCUGCAGCGGCUGAUAGAGAAGGAGCCCCUGGACCAGCUGGAGACGGCAGUGCGGGAGCAGGCCAUGCUGGCUGUUGCUGCCCUCAGCUCGCUGCAGGUGAUCUCUGAGGACAGCAUGCAGCGGCUGCUCACCGCCUGCUUCAGGAGCGUCUUCAUGCUGCCCCCCAAGGAGAAGCUCAGCGCGCGCAACUUCGUCAUGCCCUUCGGCAGGUACCUGCUGGAGCAGCAGCGCACGGACCUGAUGCUGACCUGCCUGGAGGUGGUGUCACAUGAGGUGCCUGAGGAGGACGAGCAGUGGGUCUCCUUCUUGCUGAACGCGGCGCGGGAGGACCCCAUCAGCUGGUUUGCGUCGGUCCCGCACUUCGUCAUCUUCUUCCGCAAGAAGCUGGUGGAGGAGCUGACGCCCGCCGUGCGCCAGAAGCUGCUGGAGGUGCUGGUCCUCAUGACACGGUGCUAUCCCCACUCCGUCACCAUGUCCAUACUCUUCAUCUGCCCCUCAAGACUGAGGUACCGGCCCCCCAGCCUCCCGAAAACCCCACAGGGCCCCCGACACCCCGCAGGGCCCCUCAACAGCCCCUGUCUGUGCCCGCAGAUCCUCAAUGGAGAUGUGGGAGGAGAUUUUCAGCACGCCCGGCAUGCCGAAGAAGCUCCUGAACGAGAUUUGCAUGCUGCUGCGCGACAAUACCAUACGUGCGCACUUUGGGAUGACCGAGGACUACGAAAUCCUCCAGCUCGGCCUCAUGCAGACCCUGAGCCCCGAGGACCCCAUCCCCGCCGUGCUACAGGACGUGGAGUGCCUGAAGAGAUGCAUCAGGAACACCAACUUCCACCUGCUCUGGAUCGCACUCAAAGGGCUGGCGGCGAUGCUGGAGAGGCCCAAGAUGGGGCUAACGGGGAUUAUCCUGCUGCCCGACGUCCUGAAAACCCUGCGGUUCGGCAACCCCCACAUCACGGCGGCGGCGCUGGCGGUGUGCUGCAGGGUCCUGCGCGCCCUGAUGAAGAAGUCGGCCAGCAUCACUUCCCUGCGGCUGGUCGAUCUGCUCACGCCUUACUUGGACAACGAGGCCGACAUGGUGCGGGAGAAUGCCAUGAAGCUCUUCAGCGCGUGCAUGGAGCGCGUGCUGUGGAAGCACCGCAGAAAGAUGUGGAAGAAAGUGCACAACGUCCUGCUGACCCUCUACCUCCGCAUGAGCGAGGAGAACCCGAGCGUGGCCAAGGGCUCGCGGCAGAACAUCACCGGGACCAGAGUGAAGAGAAAGUGUACGAAAUAAUUGCAAUCCUGGAGCCCAUGGUGAACGACGUGGAGCCCUCGGUGCGUGAAGAGACCGCCCGCACCAUCCGGACUGUGAGGCAGCAUCUCCACUGGCUGCAACGCCCGCGGGAUCCGUGGUACAUGCUGGCGGUGCACUGCUGCUUGCCUCGAAGAUUGUGGCAGGCGCCGAAGCAGAAGCCAGAGCCAGAGCCCGAGCCCCAGAAGAAUCCGGAAGAAACUUCAGAAUCUGAAGACUCCUCCCUGGAUUCAUCUCCGUGCCAGAGCACGGACAGCUAG